AUGUCUAUAACUCCGUACAAUUUUGAGCCUUUGGUUACCGAUGUUGAUAACUAUGAUUAUUUGGAGUACGAAGAAUCAGUAGUUACUUACAACGAUAGAUCUAAAUUAGCUGUAACAGAUUGGUGCUCGUGUGGAAAAUGUGAAAAACAAAUAAAUGAUCAUGAAGACAUUUUAAAAAUUACCAGACAAUACAAGAUUUCAAAAACAAAGAAUAAAACAAAAAAAAGAAGUUUACAAUCAGCUACUAUGGAAAAUAAAGCAUGGCGAUUUAUUUGCUACAAACAGUUUACACUUUGGGUUAAUUUAUGGAUGACAAUUGGAAGAGGAAAUAGAGUUGUUAUUCCAUCAUGUGUGGUCAAAAAUAUUCGUGAACGUUAUCCGGAAGAAAACGGAUUGUACAUUGGUUUUCAAAACCGGUGA